AUGGAAGCACAAGAGUUCUUCCAGAACACCUUCUGCCCUCAAUUCCCUUCCGACAACAUCACACCCUCCACCGCGAACGCCUCCGCCGCAGACCACUUCAUCGUUGAAGACUUCUUCAACUUCUCCAACGAAGACGACGCUCCUCUCACUGAUGCCACCUUCGACUCCCUCCCUGCUGACCACUCUCCCACCAUAACCACCCUAGACAGCACCACCAGCAACUCCAAUUUCCCUGCCGCCGACGCCCAUUUCUCCGGUGACCUCUCAGUCCCGUAUGAUGAUCUUGCCGAGUUGGAAUGGCUGUCGAAAUUCGCGGAGGAAUCGUUUUCGAGCGAGGAUUUGCAGAAGCUGCAGCUGAUAUCCGGUGCCGGAGUGCAAAACGACGCUGCAUCAUCGGAAACGCCCGACCCGAAUCCGGCGCUGUUCAACCCGCAAGUGUCAGUUCGGGGUAAGGCUCGGAGCAAGCGGACGCGUGGGACUCCAUGCAAUUGGACCUCUCGCCUCGUUGUCCUCUCUUCGAACACCACGUCGGAGUCUUCCCACUCCGACGCCGGUAAGAAGCCUGCUCCUCGGAGAAGGGAUGUCGGAGAGGGCGGCGGAGAGGGCAGGAAGUGCCUGCACUGCGCGACGGACAAGACGCCGCAGUGGCGGACUGGGCCCAUGGGUCCAAAAACGCUCUGCAAUGCAUGCGGCGUGAGGUACAAGUCGGGCAGGCUGGUGCCGGAGUACAGGCCCGCGGCAAGCCCAACGUUUGUGCUGACAAAGCACUCGAACUCGCACCGGAAAGUGCUGGAGCUGCGGCGGCAAAAGGAAAUGGUGAGGGUCCAGCAGCAGCAGUUACUCCAUCUGCAACAUCAGCAGAACAUGAUGUUCGAUGUCCCAUCCAACGGUGAGGAUUACUUGAUCCAUCAGCACGUGGGCCCCGACUUCACACACCUCAUCUAA